AUGGCGCUGGCUCCAGGUCAAGUGAUUGCGAUUGUGCUGCUCACAGCGGGCUAUACUGCUUUGGCCGGGUCGCCUUCGGCACCGUUCGUUUGGCAGAGGGCGACCGCGACGUUCUACGGUGGAGCUGAUGCCUCCGGCACCAUGGGUGGUGCGUGUGAGUAUGGCAACCUGUACGAUGAGGGGUACGGGACCCGGUCGGCGGCGCUGAGCACGGUGCUGUUCAACGAUGGUGCGUCGUGCGGACAAUGCUAUAAGAUUGCAUGUGAUCGCAAGAUUGACCCAAGGUGGUGCAAGCCUGGCGUGACGGUGACAAUCACCACUACAAACUUCUGCCCACCCAACAAUGCCCUUCCGAAUGACAACGGCGGAUGGUGCAACACACCAAGGGCACACUUCGACAUGGCGCAGCCGGCCUGGGAGAAGAUCGGUGUCCACAGAGGUGGCAUCAUUCCGGUCAUGUAUCAGAGGGUUCCAUGCGUGAAGAAGGGUGGCGUACGAUUUAAAAUCAACGGCCACGACUACUUCAAUCUCGUGCUUGUCACCAACGUCGGAGCUGCUGGCUCGAUAAAAUCGAUGGACGUUAUGAGCUCCGAUUCAAAAGAUUGGGCGCCCAUGUCACGCAACUGGGGUGCAAACUGGUACUCAUUGGCAUAUCUCAGCGGGAAACAACUCUCGUUCAGAAUAACCAACACAGAUGGGCAAACGAUUCUGUUUGACAAGAUUGUGCCAAGUGGAUGGAAGUUUGGGCAAACAUUUGCAAGCAAAGUACAGUUCAAUUAA